AUGAGGUUAUCCAAUAUCAAAACUGAGCUUGAAAAGUUGCAUCAAAAUGACCCCAAUUAUAGCACAAGCGCGAUGAAAGAUGAUAAGCCAAGUGAUAACAUCCCUGAAGCAAACACAAAUAAGACGAGAGAAAGAAAACAAGAGGAAGAGAAAGAUGAUGAAAUAGGAGAAGACAAAGAAGAUGAAGAAAGAGGUGAUGACAGCACUCAGGACAACGAUGAUGAUGACGAAAGUGAUGAAAGUUCUGAUGAUGCUAAUGAUCCUGAUAAUGAAGGUGUUGUUGCUAUAUGGAACACUGGUGUGGAAACUGAAAGAAACUCUCAAUCACACAAUGGUCAUCCCGAAACUUCACCUAGUGCUCAGAACAACCCUUUGAAUGAGAUGCACGACUCGAGUUCGAGAUCAACUAAUGAUGGCAAAAUGGAUGCAUCACCUAGUGUGAGACAUGACAACUCCAAUCCAAAGGAUAGAGGUGCUCAAACUUCAUAUGCUAUUGAGAUAUCACAACCUGAAGCAAGGGUGAUUGUGUCAUUCUUGAAACAACAGUGCGAGCAGUCUCGGUUAAGCUGUGAGUGGCUACAAUCCAAACAGAAGAGCGACAAUACGAAACUUGAUGUCUUAUCCAGAAACAUGGAUCAAGUUUUGGAACGAUUGUCUACACUUCAACCAAGUCAAGAUACUCCAGGGCUAAGUCAGCAAAUUCAAACGAUGAAGACAAAAGAAAAGCAGAAGGAGAUCUUGACAGCAAACAAGGCAAAAGCAAACAAGAUGAAAUGA